GUUUUAUUUUUAAGCAAACCGACCGACGAACUCAUCCCGAUCGGUCACGAUCUUCCGUAGUCGUGCACUGAUCGUGACACACUGCACACCAGCACAUUGCCCGACUGAGCAGUUCGUCAAACAAGUUCACCGUUUUCGAGAUUUUGUGUAGGGAAAUCGAGAAGAAAAAAUAAACAGGAACGGUUUGGAAAAUAAGUGUCUCUACCGGAAAGGGCAUCCAUGGCCUCGAUACAGUUUUCGACGAAGUUAAUUUGUAGUGAAUUUAUUAUCUCGAUCCCAACCGAGGGAAGUAUAUGCAUAUGUGUGCGACUUUACGGAAUGUAGGUGAAUGUGAGCCUGGUGCGUGAUAAAUAAGCGAGAAUUUAUACGAUUUUUGUAAGGACGGUGAGUGAAUCGAGAGGAAAAAAGGGCAGGAUGAGCAAUAUGCAACCAGAAGAGUACGAGAAUACGGGCUGGCUGUCGUACUUUAGCCGGCACAAGACGACCUACACUGCGUCCGAUAUUCACAAGAUCAGCAACGAGCUGAACAAUGUGCGCAAGAACCUGACCGCCACCCAGUACGCGUACGGCGAGCUGAGUAGUGAGCUGAAGGCGCUCAAGAGUCUCCAGGAGCAGCAGCGCUUAGUGGACGAGUACGAGCAACGGGCGGCAGGCAGCAAAAGCUCGAAAUCGACCGACAAGCGGCUGAAGGAACAGGCCGAUGAAAUCAAAAGUCUCAAGAGCGAUCUUGCGAGCUGCCGGAAUGAGCUGUCCAAGCAGAUCGCCGCCCUGAAGGUGUCGGUUGGCGAGCAGAGCAAGAAAAAGGGUGUAUUUGGAGGUGGUGGCAAGCUUUCCCACGGCAACCCACCGCCAGCCGGCAGUAACGCCAUGACCUUGAGUCUGGAAAGUCGCAUCAUUGCCGCGGAGGUACAGAUCGAUCAGCUGACAACCGGGCACACUGACCGGUUAAGUGCUCUGGAGCAGAAAGUAGGUCAGCUAGAGCAGACGGGCGGCAGUUCGUCGGUAGAAUAUGAGGUACGGCUGAAUGCUCUCGAGCGAGAUUUUACGCGCAAACUGCAGGAUCUGACUGAUCUUGUGGUGGAGCUGCAGCGCAAGCUAGCUAAGAGUGAAGCCAAACAGGUGGAAAUGAUGCAACGGUUGUCGACGGCCCAAACUUCACUUUAUGAACAGCUGGAGCAGCGGUACGAUGAGCAGUGUGGCAAGCUGCGAGAAUUGCAAGUUCGGCUCAGCCAUCUUGGCCAGCAUGACGACGUCGACUCCACGUUUGUCUGAGGGAACCGGGCAACGAGAGACCACCGCUCAUUUCCACCGACGGAAAAUAUUUCCGUCAUCACCACCAUGGCAUCCCCUAUCGUUAGCUAAUGGUGCAAACACUUUCCGUCCGUUCCAUUACACCAAGCGGCUUCGCGCGCAAAUGGCGCAAAUCGUUGGGCGUUUCGAGGUUUUCGGUUCGGUACGCCGCACGGGCCAAACACAAACAAAUCCCCACCAACGAUGGAAAAACAACAACCCCAACCUGUCAGCUUCAGUUUUGCUUGCGGAUCGUUAGACAAACAAAUCAUCACUCUUGAUCCGCUGCUGUCUCAUGCGACGAAGCCAGAGCAAAAUGUAGUUUUCCCCUCUCAAAAUGAAAUGGUGGUGGUAGUGAUCGAUGGUGAUCUACUUGGUAAAUAUGAUCUACUACCGGUUGCUUCGUCGUGAGAAUGAUCUCACAUGUGUGUGUGUUUGUAUGUAUGUGGUGUUUGUAUUUAUAUACGGUUUAGUGUCCGGUCAAAUGACGUUUUUUACAUACUACACACCUCAACCGUCAAACCUCUUUUUUCUGCCAAUUUUUUUUUCAUCUCCCGCCAAAGGCCGUUGUUUUUGUUCUUGAGGAUUUAGUUAAAAUGUGCCUGUGUUUUGACGGUUGUCUGUCAAAAUAUAGACAGUUUGAAUGAAUAGCAAUCAACCGUCAUUACAAAAAAGGCAGAUCUGAUGGAGGCGGCUUGUCGUUUGUACAGAACUAAAAGCACACCACAACCAUGGCCAGAGAAAUUGAUGAAUCGGAAUCAAAUGUCUCUCGAUUGGUAGUGAUUUUGUUCGUGUCGCUCGAGCAACACUGCGCACUGUUUGUUAAUGUAAACAAUAACACCAAAACAUACAGCAUCAGAAUAAAUACCAUUCAACCCAAGUACGCAACGCAAACAGCUAACACCACGACCGGCGAGAGGCGUCGUCGUCCUAGCUGUAGCGUGCGUGACAGUUGUCGCUUUUCCGGGGGUGAUAAAUUGACUAACACGCUGCCGGCGCUGUAGAAAGUGGUUCCUCCUCUUUCCUUCUUCAUUACUGCUCUCAUGUAUUCCCGCUUUUUCGUUCGUUCAUGUGUUUUCAUCUGCCUACACACGAAACGGUUGAUGCCGAUUUACGUCGCUUUGUAUGUUAAUCGCUUACCCGUCCGAAGUAGAAGAGGCUCGCUCAUUUUCCGAUUCGUUUUUGGUCGUUGUUAUUGAAUGUUUCUCGUCGGUGUCAUUUUUUUGUGUGUGGUUGUUUUAAAAUGUUUUGAGCGUGCAUUAACUCCCGAGUUCUAAUGAUCGUUCAGCUCCUGGGUGCGUAUUUUUACUAAACGAAAGCGGAAAACUGAUGGGGGCGAAAAACUUGAACAUAACGUAUCGUCCCAUGCGUUGAUUUUCUUGAGUUUAUAAAAAGUAAAACAGAAUGCGAGAAAAUGAGAGAUACAAAAUAUAGAAGAAAAAAAUACAAAUCGAUAUAAAAAAUGGUAAAAAACUGAGGGAAAAGGCGUUCGGUCAUACUGACAGGUAGAUAUUUUUACGACACGGGCACUGUUCGUUUGUUCUAAUUUAUGUUUCUCUCGUGCCGUUAGUUAGGCGUGGUAAUGAAUGGGACAGCCGUUUCACCUAUGCUUUGGUUAACAAAUUAGGGUGUGCCGUCCUUUAUCUUUUCUCAUGUGAACUGUCCGGGACAAAAAUGCAAAUUGGUUUCAUAUAUUUUAAGCUUUUAACACAAAAAAGAGAUUAGAAGGUGAUGUGGCCUGCAACAAUGUUGUAAACGGUUUUUUUUUCAAUUACGUAUUACAAUUUUUCAGUGCGUAAUCCCUAAAUCACUAAAUAAUGAUAUUGGUGAUUUAAAGAUUUAGUUGUUUAGCUUCAAGGAAAAAACAAUAUUUUCAUUCAAAUUAAACCGUAAAUUGUAAAUAAUGUAAUGAUAAAUUACAAAUCAUGCACAAGAACAGGAAUUAAUUCGUCAAAUUUCUUUAAUUCUAUAGACUCUAUAUUUUAUUUAAAGCCGAACAAAUGUUUUUAACACUUAACACUCUAAUCAAAUUAGUCGCCGUAAGUCAUUUUCGACUUUUUUGUGAGCGUAAUUGAGUAAAAUUCAAUUCAAAUCUAAUGAUCCCUAGUGUUUCAACGGUUCUUUAGUCUGAUAGAUAAAACAUUGGUCAUAUGGUCUACUUUUCCGGUUUCGUGGUACAGUCGUCAACUCGUACGACUUAACAACAUGCCCGUCACGGGUUCAAGAUCCGAAUAGCCGGUGCCCCAUGCGUAAACCUGACUAUCCUGCAAUGAGUAACCAAUAAGUCAUUGAAACCUAAACCCACUAAUAGUACAGGCUGUGACCGACAAUAGUUGUUAGGCCAAAUAAAAUAAAAAAACAUCUGCUAAUAUUUCUAUCCCGGCAGGUACGCGAGACUAUUCUACUCGAGACUUUACUGCAUGGUGAAUGUUUUUUUUUUGUUUGCAUUCAAAAUAUCAUUUUCAAAAAUAUAUUCUAAAUAGCAUAGAAUAUCCAUUUUUGGUCAAUUGUUGGUAUCUCCUUCACCAAAUAAUUAAGGACUUAUCACUGGACAUAUAAUCUAAUCUACAUUGUUUCGUUGCCUUCAACAAAUCUAUUCAAAUUAAAUGCUUGACUAUAAAUUAUUAAUUAUGUAGAAAAAGAGAGUAUAAAAAUAAAAUUAU